CUCACCACUUUCCCCUCAUUGCUCGCCCUCUGCUUCGAUCGGAGCCAGUUUUUGUGUCAGCCAGCGCCAGUCUUCGAAUUCAAUCCCCCGGUGUCCUUUUCUCAUCUCCGACCGAAAUUGCCAGCGCACGGUGCGGGGAACCACGUUAAAUUCCUCUCCAUCUGGACCGCCCAGAUCGAAUCGACACCAUGCCUCUCGACACCUCGACCACAUACCCCCUCACCAAGCUGCGCCUGGAUGGCCGCCGCUGGAAUGAGCUGCGGCUCCUCCAGGCCCAGAUCUCCACCAACCCCGCCAGCUCGGGCUCCUCCUACCUGGCCAUGGGCAACACCGCCAUCCUGUGCUCCGUUCACGGUCCCGCCGAGGGACGUCGCGGCGAUGCCUCCGGGGGUGCUGCCGGGUCUGCCGGUGCGGUCGUGGAAGUAGACGUCAAUGUUGCCGGAUUUGCUGGGGUGGAUCGCAAGCGCAGAGCUGGUGGAAGUGAUAAACAAUCCAGCCGCAUUGCUACGAUACUACGCUCCGCUUUCCAGUCGCAUCUUCACACACACCUCUACCCGCACAGUACGAUCAGCAUUCACGUCUCGGUUCUGUCGGCAGAUGGAUCCCUCCUCGCCGCGGCGGUCAAUGCCUGUACGCUGGCGCUUGUGGAUGCCGGUAUCCCCAUGCCUGGACUGCUUUGUGGAUGCACAGCGGGGAUGAGCGGGAGUGCCUCGACGCCACGGGAUCCGAAUAAUGACUUCUUGGAUCCGUUGCUGGACCUGUCUCUGCCGGAGGAGCAGGAGCUUCCAUUCCUUACCGUGGGAACUACGACAGCUGUACCGGUGGGAGAGGCAGCCAUGGUGAAUGACGACGAAGACGAGAUGAAGGUUGCCAUGUUGACAAUGGACUCGAAGGUGCAUUGCACGUACGUCGAGACCAUGCUGGCGGUGGGAAUUGACGGGUGCAAGCAGAUCCGGGAGAUCUUGGAAGGAGUGAUCAAAAAGUCAGCCCGGCGGUGAUGUCGUCUUAGUCAUUGUUUUGUACUGUCUCGCCAGGAAGUAUAGUAGCGAGCUUUGUUUAUACCCAGUGAAUGCCAUGGGAGGUGUUGGGCGUGGGAUGGCUUUAUCAAUUGCAAUGAUGUUUCUGAUUUCCAGCUAGACGUUGCCUAGUCUUGUCCUCGAAUCUGUUAAAAGCAGCUGGUGAUCAACACAGCAUGCUAUUCAUUCAGC